AUGCGCGUCUCCGCGUUCAUUUUUUGCGUGCUGCCCUCGGCCUUGGCUCAUUAUUUCGAGGAGAUGAACGAAGACAAACGAGCCAUUGAUCCGGCCAUGGGGCGACUACGGUACAUUUACGUCAGCGAGGACACCCCGGCCGCCGACCAACUUCUGUACCUGCCCCGGCGAGCCGUAAUCGAGAACUCAGAACCUUUUGCUCCACGCCAGACUCGGUCCGGAAACUUGGACGAAGGUUGCGCUGGGAAUGGCCGAAUGGUGUUGGGGAGGUGCAUCUGCGAAAACGGGUGGCGUGGGGAACAUUGCGACAAGAAAUUCAACACCCAUAUGAGGAUUGGGAAGCGCAGUGGACGCUGGGCCGGGGCGGCCAGCGAACGCCGUAAGCAG